AUGUCUCUCGCCCUCAAAGCAGAGCCUUUUCCAAUGAACAUACAUCAUGCAAUAUACCAAGAAGAAGACAGCAUCGACGCUUCUUCUCCCGAACCUGCCUCACCCGCCGCUCAGAGCGACGUAGACUCUACAGACCAACUUGCCCACGACGACGUACAGGAACAACAGUCUGCACCAAACUCUAAAGCUGUUCUCUUACCCAAUUUUGAGAGUGUUUCGUACGACAGAGUUCAAGAUCUCUAUGAACAACGCAAAGGCACGUUGUACUUUAUACCCGAAGGCUUUGAGCCCGUACUGGUCCCAAAUGACACGAAAGCACAAACGGUCACGAAUCUACUAGAGACAGCUAAACAGGUUUCUGCUCCAUUGAACGUGCCACGUAUGCUUCCAGAUACCGAUGUCCGUCUACCCACACUCGCUCUUCCGUGUGGUGUCACCGGUCCACAGUCAAAGGGAAACUCUCCAAAUGGCAAGUCAAAAGUGAAGAAACCCCCGAGACCUCCGAAUGCCUUCAUUCUCUAUCGUCGGGCAAAGCAACCCGCGAUUGUGGCAAAGAACGCUGGAAUCACAAAUAACGAGGUUUCAAAGGAAAUCGGGCGCAUGUGGCAUGAAGAACCGCUCGAAGUGCGUGUCAAGUUUCAGAAAAUGGCAGAGGACGCCAAGCAAGAACACAUGAAAAAGUAUCCCGAAUAUCGAUAUCGUCCUCGUCGUCCUCAAGAGCGCAAGCGUCGUGUCCCAUUACGUGAGGCUACCACGCCUCCUCGUCGCAGUUCGACUCCUACGCUCCCUUCUGACAAGCUAGAAGAGUCCGCGGCUUCUUCACCCUCAUUCCAACCUAGACGUGCUUCUACCACCAUAUCCAACGACGGUGAUUCAUCAGACGUCUAUUCUCAGAGUCCAACUCAGCAGUUACUUUCUUCGAGAUUAAUCUAUCACAAUCCUGAGCUCUUGAGUUCACCGCAACAGCCCAUGGUAAUGGACGCUCAACUCCCGUACCAUUAUUACUUGUCUGCAGCUAAUGGCUUCGAUCAGCAGAUGAUGAACCAGGUUCCGCAGGUCGAAUACGGUGUGUUUGACCCUCACAACGAUGGACAAUUCGAUGUGGUAGAUUUCGAAGAGUUUGACGUUAAUAUGAACUUUGUAUCAAAUGAGGGUGAAGGUAUCUACAUGCGUGAACCGACGCCUUACGUAAAGUUUGAUACUUACUAA